AUGGAGGACCAACUCGUCCAGGUCCUGGCCAACACGCAGCUGCCCGACGCGGGCCCCAGGAAGCAGGCCGAGCUCGACCUCAAGCACGCCCAGUCCAAUCCCGCAUACCCCAUCUCCCUCGCCAACAUUGGCCUGCACACGUCCAUCGCGGUCGAGAUCCGCCAGGCUGCCCUGUCCUCCUUGCGACUGUUCGUCGAGAAGAACUGGAGCGGGGACAGCGAUGAUGGCCCCACCAUCCCCAUCGCCGACAGCGUGAAGGACCAGAUCCGGCCUAUGGUGCUGGACCUCGCCCUCAAUGCUGGCGAUGAUAGGAAGAUCAAGACUGCUGCGAGUUAUGCUGUAGGCAAGAUCGCGAACGUCGACUUCCCCGAACUUUGGCCCACCCUUCUCCCUACAUUGCUGGAAGUUAUUGGCAACGGCAGUGAUGAACAGCUCCACGGUGCUCUCAAGGUACUGAGUGACCUUGUCGAGGAGAGCCUAAGCGACGACCAGUUCUUCUCCAUGGCGCGAGAUAUCGUCAAGGCCGUUUACGACGUCGCCAUCAACGACAACCGGAAGCCCAUCCUGCGCGCUCUCGCUGUCGCCGUCUUCCGCGGGUGUUUCGACCUCAUGGACACUGUCAAGGACGACCACCCUACCGAAGUCGUGCAAUUUGCCGAGGAGGCCUUGAAGGGCUGGUUCCCCUUCUUCCACCAGACAACGAAACUUCAAUUGCCCGAACGCGAUCCCCAGUCUUCGUCGCAGCCGGAAAGCUGGAACGGAGUAGUGGCCCUCAAGUUGCAAGUCGUGAAGUGUCUUCUCAAGCUGAAGUCUGUGUUCCCGAACCUGCUGCUACCUCAGACACCUCACUUCUUCCAGUCAUACUACGAAGAACUAUCACUCCUUGAAACGUCGUAUGAGCAGAUGUACCUAGAGAACGAUGCGCAAGGCCGACUUGAAGAUUCCGACGGCCUUCCCUACACCCUCGACUUCCUUGUCUUGGAGGAGCUCGACUUUCUGAAUGGAUGUAUGAAAGCUCCCCCUGUCCGGAAAGAGCUCGAGGCACAGCUGGCCGCCCAUGGCGUUGCGCAUGAGACACCAUGGGUACUGGACGUCAUGAAGCUUGCUACCGGUUACGCCCGCAUAACUCGAGAGGAAGAGGAGCUUUGGGAUAUCGAUGUGUCGCUCUACCUGGCGGAGGAGCAGUCCGUCAGCGCCAACUAUACCCCUCGAACCGCAUGUGGAGACCUGUUGAUCAAGUUGGGUGAAUGGUUGAAACGGAAGGCGCUCGACGGCCUCUAUGCCCAUACCAAAACUCUUUUCACCGAAAACGCGCACUGGAGAAGGCAAGAGGCGUCUCUUUUUCUGCUUAAUAUGCUGGUGAGCGACUUUCUUGAUUGUGACGAGCCUGUGCCAGCGGAACUAGGGCAGGCCUACUUGGACCUGGUCAACUAUGCCAUUAAUCGUCCUGACGAGCCCCUAUUGCGGGGUCGGGGUUAUCUGGUCGCUGGCAUACUGGCCCAAUGCAACGAAACCGCCGCCAGCCUCAUGGAACGAACUAUCGACGCCAUCACCGCAGAGGAGUCGGAGCUUGUCCAGGUUGCCUGCAUCAAGGCGGUCGAGGGCUUCAUCACUAGCCAGAGCGAUCAAAUUGCUGGCAACGUCCAAAUCCAAGCCAAGGUAGUCGGCGCCAUAAACCAAUGGAUCUCGGCCAAGGAUAUGACCGACCUUGAGGAAGCCGACGACUUGCUGGUCACCCUGGCUGAGACCCUCCGAGCUGCUAUCAAUAUCGACAAAGCAGUCAGUGUCUCGCCCGAUGUCCCGGCUCUGGACCUUCUCUUCCUCAUUGCCAAGCAUGGCUCAACCAAUUAUCAGGUCACUAUGCUUAUCUGCGAGGCUUUCGAGGACAUUGUGCAAACCAUGUCUGACCCUGCUUCCUACCACGCUCUUUGCCAGAAGGUUCUGCCUUCGCUGACGGGCGCAUUCAGCGUGGCCGAUGUCACUUCUGAUAACCCGCUCGUCACUUUUGCCACCGAACUGAUGGCUUCUCUCACGCAAUACGGCUCUGAACCACUGCCCCCUGGAUUCGUCGCAGCUACAUUACCGAAACUUACCCGCCUGCUGAUGGAAAGCAAUGAGGGCGAGAUCCUGCGACCUGGCGCCGAGUCCGUCAAGUACCUACUGGCUCAUGACCACGAACAGAUGUUCAACUAUCACGACGAGAGCAAUAGAUCUGGAUUAGAGGUCUGCCUUCAUAUCAUUGACCGAUUGCUUGGCACCUCAAUCGAGGAUAACGCUGCCUCGGAAGUCGGUGGUCUUGCAGCUGAACUCGUCGAGAAAGCAGGACAUGGAAGACUUGGCCCAUUCUUGCCUCAACUUCUGCAGGCCGUCGCCAACCGACUGGCAACUGCUGAAGCUGCACCUUUCAUCCAAUCUCUUAUCUUGGUCUUUGCGAGACUCUCUCUUGUCGGUGCUCACGAUGUUGUCGAGUUUCUGAGCACUAUCCAAAUCAACGGACAAAGUGGCCUGCAAGUUGUUUUGAGCAAAUGGUUGGAGAACUCGGUCAACUUUGCCGGUUAUGAUGAGAUCAGACAGAACGUCAUCGCCCUAUCUAAGAUUUAUAGUCUGAAUGAUCCUCGCGUGGCUCAGACGAUGGUCAAAGGCGAUAUGAUAAUGCCCGCCAGUGAUAGGAUUAUGACCCGUUCACAUCCAGACCAGUUCACUGUCAUCCCCGCGCCUCUCAAGAUAUUAAAGGUCUUGAUCGAGGAGUUUUUGUCGGCUUCUGGUCUGACCGGUGCCGCCAAUGCCGCUGCCGCUGUCGCUGCUGAGUUUGCGGACGAUGACGGUGACGACGGUUGGGAAGAUGAUGACCGAGACAUUAUCGACCUCAAUCUUGGACAUACGAAGAAUGACCUUAUGGGCUUUCUCGAAGCCAGCAAUAUGCGGAAUCGUGAUGAUGAGACUCAGCAAUACCUCACAGACUUCUUUGUCGGAGCAGCACGAGACAACGUCGCGGGUUUCAGCGAGUGGUACAACAGUCUGACAGACGAGGAGAAGGGCAAGCUCAGUGAGAUGGCAAAACUCCAGCAGUUAUAG